AUGGAUGCAGAGGACUCUGGGAAUGAGUUCCCUAGGUCGGAAGGAGAAAGAGACCAACAUCAGAGACCUGGAAAGGGAACGAAGAGUGGGGAGGCAGAAUGGGGCAGAGGUGAGCUGGGACAAGAUGGGAGACCGCUGUCCUCCACCGUCUCCCUCACCAGUAACAGGUCCUUGAGCCAGCGCCGGAACUCUCCGCUUCCUUUUCAAUGGAGAGUCGCACACAGUUUCCACUGGAUGGCCCAGGUGUUGGCUUCUGAGCUCAGUCUGGCUGCCUUUAUCCUACUGUUGGUCAUGGCCUUCUCCAAGAAAUGGCUGUACCUCUCUAGGAGCCGCUUCUACCAGCGCUGGCCCGUAGAUGUCAGCAACAGAAUCUACACAUCAGCCCACAUCAUGUCGAUGGGCCUCCUGUACUUCUGCAAAUCCAGGAGCUGUUCUGACUUAGAGAAUGGGAAAGUGACCUUCAUCUUCUCCACCCUCAUGCUGUUCCCCAUUAACAUCUGGAUCUUCGAGGUGGAGAGGAAUGUAUCCAUCCCCAUCGGAUGGAGCUAUUUCAUUGGUUGGCUGGUGCUUAUUCUAUAUGUCAGCUGCGCGAUCCUUUGCUACUUCAACCAUAGAAGUUUCUGGAGUCCGAUUCAGCCCAGUGGCACCGUGUCCUGCAGCAGCAGUUUCGGCUCAGUAGAAGAAUCUCCAAGGGCACAGAUGAUCACAGACACCCCCAUCACCCAGGAGGGAGUCCUGGAUCCUGAGCGGAAGGAUACACACCUGUAACCUUUUCUGAACU